AAAAACCAUGAAGCCAAGACAGAUGUCUGCACUUACUACAGUCGCUGCCAUUCUCUGCGCGCUCUCUCCUGUAUAUGGGGAUUCCAUCACGGUAAAAAGUGAGAAGAACCUAUCGGCAGCAGUAGGGAGGAAUGUGACUCUCCUGUGUCAGCUGAUGUCCGCCAAAGCAAAUGUCAUCCAAAUCACAUGGCAGAAAGAGUCGGGCAAUUUUUCUGGCCCAGUGGCUUCCACCAGUAGGGUUUAUGGGCCGAAAAUUCUAGGUUACUACUCAAAUCGGGCGAAACACUCUUCUGUAGAUACCCUCAAUAUGUCAGCAAUUAUCAUCAGCCCCGUGACUUUGGAGGAUGAGGGGUGUUUUAAAUGUAUCUUCAAUCUGUUUCCAGUUGGAGCUUCAUCUGGAACAAUUUGCCUCGAUGUGUACGAAGAAAAAAUAUCCGAGCCAACGUUGGAUGUUAAGAUAAUUGACCGCCCGGAGAUGUUGGAAAAACUUCUGGUUAUCACCUGCAGUGGAUCAGGACUUCCAGCUCCCAACAUCUCAUGGAACCAUUCACUGGACCUACAAUAUGAACCUCAAACAUUAAGUAUUGUGAAUUCUGAUGGGACCAUGACCGUCAUCAGUAAUCUGACCCAAACAAUGAAUGAGACCUUAGAAGGGACAAACGUGACCUGUAUUGUAAAUCACCCGACACUUGGAGCUGAGAAACGUCUUUCUAAACUGGUGCCUUACACAGGUAAGUGAAUCC